UCCAACUCUUCCUUCUGGCCUUAUCUCGUCCCCUCCAUGAUUCGCCUUCAACGCUCCAUCAAAUCAUUCUCCCUUCACGGAAUCAAGAUCAGCACCACGCAUGCCAUGGAUGUCCUCCAAUCCUCCUUCCCCCCUUCUUCCGGCCGCUUCCGAUCCGACAUUGCCGGCCCAAUCAUUCGCCCCAUGCUCGAUUUCCUCCGCCGAACAUCCUCCUAUUUCAUGAUCGACGCCUAUACCUAUUUCGCCUGGUCUAAAAACCCUAAUUCGAUUUCAAUCGACUACGCCCUUUUUCAGGCAAACUCUAGCUUAUACUACCACGAUCCGGCCACCGGACUCACCUACACCAAUCUAUUGGAUCAGAUGCUCGACGCGAUGGCUGCCGCUAUAGCCGCUGAAGGUUACCCUGAAGUCCGGCUAGGAGUCGCGGAGACCGGGUGGCCGAAUGCCGGCGAUCUUGAUCAGAUCGGAGCGAAUGUGCAUAAC